AUGCCAAAGACUUGGGUAUGUGGACAAGUGCUACCAAGGCUAAGAUCCAGAAUGCCGAGAUGCCCAGAGAAUUACAGACCGCUGAAAUCAUGAUUCAGGAACAUCAGGAAAUAGGAGAGGACAUCAAGGCUCACAAACCAAAGUUUGAAGACAUACGGGUUUUAGGAAAGAGUAUUUUAGACAAAGACCCUGAUGCUUCUGAUGUUGAAAGUAAGCUACAAAAACUCGGUGAGGAUGAGGAAGUGAUUGACAGAAUGUGGGCGGACAGGAAUCAGCAGCUCCAGCAUGCUUAUGAACUACAGUUUUUCAACAAAGAGGCUGACCACAUUGAUUCUGUGUCCAGUGGUCAUGAGAAGUUCUUAGACUUUGCUAACCUUGGGGAAACAGUAGAUGAUGUUGAAACUUUGUUCAAACGUCAUGAAGACUUUGAGAACACAUUAAUUGUACAAGAUGAAAAACUGAAGGACUUGGAUGAGAUGGCUGACAAAAGGAUUGCAGAGGGACAUCCUGACAAAGAUCAUAUUGACAAGAGGAGAAAUGAGGUGCUGGAGAGGAGACAGAAAAUCAAGGAGCGGGCAGCAGACCGACACAACGCUCUGUUGGCAGCGCAGGGCUUCCAGGAGUUCAAGAGGGAUGCAGACGAACUUUCAGAUUGGAUAAAAGACAAAUACAAGACAGCUACAGAUGAGUCAUAUAGAGAUCUGGCAAACCUUCACGAGAAGUUGAAGAAACAUCAUGCAUUUGAGGCAGAAAUUAAAGCAAAUAAUGAACGGCUUCAAGACUUAAAUGAUAGAGGAGAUGGAAUGGUUAAAGAUGGACAUUACUCUUCUCCGGAGAUCCAGGAAAUUCUCCAGGACCUCAAUACUCAGUGGAAAGACAUGUGUGACAAAGGACAGGCCUUGGCACAGUCUGGACAUUUUGAUAAAGCCAACAUCCUCAGAGCUGUGGAGGAUUUCAACAGCAGAUUUGGGAAGUUGAAGCCAGCAUUUGAUGUUCUUCAGUGGAUCAAGGAGAAGCUGCCUGCUGCGGCCUCCACAGACUAUGGAAAGAGCCUGGUGGAUGCCCAGAACCUCCAGAAAGCAUCCUGUGUGGUGGGAAUAAACAGGUUUGAGGAAUUCAAACGCACAGUGGAGGCUGGACUUUUCAACAGAGAAAAAUGGAACCAGUUACUGGAACAGAUAGAGAACCGAGACCAGAAGAUGUAUGGUGCAGGAGAGAUUCACAGGUUUAACCGUGAUGUCGAGGAGGCUCUCACCAGGAUUCAGGAGAAAUAUGCCAGUAUACCCGAAGAUCAGGGGAGGGAUCUGUUCGCCACUCAGAGCUAUCUCAAAAAGCAUGAACGGUUUGAAAAUGAACUGGUGGCAUUAGAAGCUCAGUUACAAGUCUUGAUUGAAGACUCCACUAGACUUCAGGAUACUUACCCUGGGGAGAAUGCUGAGCAGAUAGAACAGCUUCAGGCCACAGUG